CGCUGCCUGCACUCUCCACUCUCCAGAUCUACUCCCCCUCCUGAAGCAGCAGCAGAGAGCCGUGCUGAGCUGUCUGUCUUUCUCCGCAGAGUGAGAGUGGGGACUCAGUCCGGCCAGAGAAAGAGAGGAGGGUCACAAAAACAUAAAGUACAGACCGCGAUGAGGACGAGCUGAACCUUAGAGAGAGAAGAAGAAGAGGACGGUCGCUUAACUUAACUGAUAUGCGGGAGAAACACACGAGCGUUUAUAUCCCAACGGUCCCAACGGCAGCAGUGAUUCCACAUCAGAGACGUUAACGAGCAACGGUCGGAAGUACCUGAAUACCUGCAGUGUGAACGUCAGCAGCACCGAGGCUCCGUGACAUUGAGACACACAGAGACACAGAGACAGAGAAGAAGGGGACAUAGAGAGACUACAGGAGAAAGUUUGUGAAGCUUGGUGCAGACACAAUGCGGUUGACCCCGACAGAGUCGCUCUCCUCGGCCGCCCUGCUGCUGCUGCUGCUGGUCCGCUGGUCCGACAGCAUUUCGUUGUCUCCUCAAGAGGCCAACCAGUUCCUGAGCAGACACAGGAGGGCUAAUCAAGUGUUCGAGGAGACGAAGCAAGGACACUUGGAGAGGGAGUGUGUGGAGGAAAAGUGCACCAAAGAGGAGGCCAGAGAAGUGUUUGAAAACGACCCAGAGACGGACUACUUCUAUCCCAAGUAUUUAGCCUGUGUGGAGAGGUUUGGAGAUGCUGAAAAGAAGAAACAGGAUCUGAUUACAUGUGUUCACAAUAUUCCAGACCAGUGCUCUCCUUCUCCCUGUAAUGCCAAAGGUACGGUGCGCUGCGAGGACAAAAAGGGCGACUUCCUCUGUCACUGUUUCACAGGCUGGGCAGGAGCCAGAUGUGAGAAAGAUGUCGACGAGUGCAGCAAGAGAAAUGGAGGGUGUGACCACGAGUGCAACAACACUAUGGGCAGUUACCGCUGCUCCUGUCACCAAGGCUACAUGUUGGUAGGACGCCACAUGUGUAACGAUGUGGAUGAGUGUGAGGACCCAGGUGUGUGUGGAACUGCACGGUGUGACAAUACGGACGGCAGCUAUGAUUGCUCGUGUGAUAUCGGCUAUGUCUACGACAAUGAAACCAAGAGCUGUGUUGAUGUGGAUGAGUGUGAGGCGCACGUGUGUGCAGAAGAGUGUCUGAACACUCCAGGGAGUUUCCAAUGCUUCUGUGAUGGUCGUCAGGGCAUGAAGCUGGGCCAGGACCUCCGGAGCUGUAAGCCUAUAACUCCCUGUAUGUCGCCGUCUCUGAAGAGGAACUCUCGUUCCCUCUACCUGGGCCGCAUGUUCAGCGGCGUGCCAGUAGUGAGGCUACGUUUCCGCAGGAGGAUUCAAACUGGCUUUUCUGCAGAGUUUGACUUCCGCACCUACGACCCUGAGGGCGUGAUCUUCUUUGCCGGAGGUCACAUAAACAGCUCCUGGAUCGUGCUGGCAAUGCAUCAUGGGAAGCUGGAGCUGCAGCUGAAGUACGGCACCGUCAGCAGGGUCACCAGCAGCGGACCCAUCGUCAAUGACGGCCAGUGGAGAAAGAUCUCGGUGGAGGAGCAGGGUCGGAGUCUAGUGAUUAAGAUUGACAGGGAGGCCGUCAUGAAGAUUGCAGUAAACGGUGAUCUGUUUACGCUGAAGAAAGGCAUGCACGAGCUCAACCUCACCGUGGGAGGAGUCCCCUUCAGAGAGGACGGCCUCGUCAAUCAGGUGAACCCCCGUCUGGACGGAUGUAUGAAAGACUGGAGGUGGUUGACGGGGGAAGAUACGUCCAUACAAGAAACCAUUCGGUCCAACGACAACAUGCAGUGUUUCAGCACCGAGGAUCGUGGAGCGUAUUACCCUGGCACCGGCUUCGCUCUCUUCAACAUCAGCUAUGUUACUUCAGAAACACAGAACCUGAGCGUACAGUUGACCCUGCGUCCAACUUCUGCGAUUGGAGUGCUGUUUGCACUUGUUCACCAGGACAGAGUCCCUCUCUCCAUCGUUCUGGCAGACUAUCAUCCCGGCACCGAUGAAUGGAGAGAUUUUGUUCUGGUAUCUGUAGGUGAUGUCAUCAUUGCCAGCUCUCCAGCCCCCCUGUGUGACGGCGAGAGUCAUGAAAUCCAGGUGACGAUCUCAGGCAACCAAACCCUGCUGCUGGUUGAUGGCCAGUCUGGACGUAGUGAAGACACCGACAUUCCUAUUGAUGUCCUGUCACAGUCCAGCACCUUUAUAGGAGGCCUCCCUGAUGUUCCUCUGGUGUCCACGCUGGUGUCGGCGCCCUACAGCGGGUGCAUGGAGGUCAGUGUUAACAGACAGCCUCUGGACUUGGACCAGGCCAUCCACAAGCACAACGACAUCCGCUCACACUCCUGCCCCCUGCUGGACUCUCACCAGUGACCAGCGCAUCAGUCUGCCAAAACUGAUCCAUAAGCAGUUCAUUGAGGCAAUGGAGAAUAUUUCCAAUAUAUUUAUAAAAGCUUUGACCAGUGGGGAGAUGUUUAAGAUUGGAAUGUAAAAAAUAAAAGCUGGACCAGGCGUCGUGGUUCAGCUGGAGCCUUAGCCCACGAUCACCCUGUCCUUUUACUGUGAUGACACUGCUGCCUAGUAUCUCAGUAUAAUGACUCAGUAAGGCAGUUAGUCAGCCAAUGAGCAAUGCCCCCCUGUACUAGGCAGAAUAUAUGGGAAUAAAUGCUGCACAACAUUGCCUCAAAAACUGCCCAUGUAUCACAGCCUUGUAAGCCCACAAGAACACACAGGGCCUUAUCUAGAUCAAUGCCCACUGGUUGGUCUUGGGUCAGCCUACUACAGCUGGCAUCCUGUGCUUAAAUGCAGAUCCUACUGGAACUGUGUAGGCAGAGUGACUCUUCGCUGCAGCGACUCCGCUGAUAGAGCUGUGGUCAUGCUGCUUACAUCCAGUCCACCUAAAGGCCCAUGGGGACCAGAUAAAUAGUCCUUCAUCAGCUACCCUACUCAGAGAAAAUGUGUGAAUAGGUGCUUCAUGAGUGUUUGCUGCAUAAUGACUUUAGGGGCUGAUUGGGGACUAAAUCAAUCUUAUUUGCUCCUACCAAGCUGAAUCCCCUCCGUCACCACUGCAGGGGUGGCGUGGUAUUAGGCACAACUUUGUGUUCUGUAAAAAAAAACUUGCACAUUGUUGCAGGUAGCGAUGGACUGCGCGUAAAAGCCAUUUUCUUGAUUUCCUCGUGUCUAAAGCAGCACUCCAUGUCUGCCUGCAACCUUAAAAAUCAACCAUGUGCCUACAAAGAGAGCAACCAACCCAAACUUCACAACCGCUUCCCUCCAAACAGGUUAACCAUUUCACAAAGGUGCAGUACUGUAACACACACACACAGAGCUAAUACUUCUUCUGAUGACAUGUUGUGCUCAUUGCAGUUAAUACACUAUGCAUUACAGUCUUUUAAAGACCCGACUGACACCCUGAUUCUCAAUAAUCUUCGUCACUAAGGCCCCUUCUUUCCCUCAGAAUCACCCACUCACAUAUAAUACCUGCCGUAUACGGAUCUGAGGAUGUUAGAUGAGUCUCACAAGCACAGGGAGACAGGAAGGGGCCCUCUCCAUGAAGGAGAGAGCGAGCACUGCAUCGAACGCACCACACAAGCUACUGAGAGUAAAAAGAGUGCGCUGUAAUAUACUGAAUAUGUAAAUAAUGUGACUGUACAAUGCUUUAUAGGAGACAGAAAACAAAAACACUACCUUGUGCUCACUGAGGUUUUCUGCACAUUUAAGUUGAUCCAAAGUCAAACAAUAAUCUGAGUCUCUGCUUCCUAAAAACGUUUGAGCGACAAAUACACAAUUAUUUUCUUGAAGUAGGAAUUGGGAGACUGUGAGAGCAAUAGCUGGGGAUCAAAGUAUCAUAAAUCUUUGGGGACUCAGUUUUUUUUUAUUUGAUUUUAUAGGUGCUGAGCAAAUCAAAACACAAUAAAAACAAAGAAUGUCAGGAGCAUUGUGACUGAGAAUGCCAAAAGGGCUCCAGUGUUAUUUUACUUCCUUCUGUAAUGUAUCAUUUUCUAGUUUUCUGAUGAAUGAAUGCCAGAAUAUAGAGCUUGACGAGUUAUUGUUUUGUUUUUUUUACCAUGAGUUGUAUAUUGAACUUGUCUUUAGUUUUCAUUUUUCACUUUAACUGCCAGUAACGUGUACAAUGCUGAGAGGAGUGUGCCUUUUGAGUUUCAACUUCCCUCAACAGUGAAAAUCCUAUUUAAAAAACAAAAAAUAAAAGCAGUUGUAUGAACACCAUAGAGUAAAAAUUGUAUUUUCAAAAAAUGCAUUUGUAUGCUGUGUGGUUACUUUAAGAUAAACUUUUCAUGCCUUG